CUAAUUGAAAACGCGGUUCCCAAACAAAGUCAUGGUGAACUCAUUCCAGCACUAUAUAAACAGAUCCACCCCUUCCCCUCUUUCUGCAUCUCUCUAUCUUCUCUGUUCAACGAUUAAUUCAUUCACCCACUCACUGCCUUUCUUGUCUGCCUGGAGAUAAUUGCACUUUGAUCCUUCUCUAAUGGCCACCAAAGUUUACAUUGUGUACUACUCCACUUAUGGGCAUGUUGAGAAGCUGGCACAUGAGAUUAAGAAGGGAGCAGACUCUGUUGAAGGUGUAGAGGCCAAGCUCUUUCAGGUACCGGAAACACUUUCUGACGAGGUUCUUGCGAAAUUGGGAGGCCCACCUAAGAGUGAUGUCCCAACCAUAUCCCCUCACGACCUCCCGGAAGCCGAUGGAUUCGUCUUUGGCUUCCCCACAAGGUUUGGGAUGAUGGCUGCACAAUUCAAGGCCUUUCUCGACGCAACCGGUGGCCUUUGGAGGACCCAGGCAUUAGCUGGCAAGCCUGCCGGCCUCUUCUACAGCACCGGAUCUCAGGGAGGUGGCCAAGAGACUACCGCGUUAGUUCCUUUCUCCUCUACUGGUUUACACUUUGACAUGAACAAUUUAUGCCUUAGCAUUUAUCUUGAGUCUCUUACUGCAUGUUUGAGUUUUUAGUUGAGCUGUUUCUUGAAUCUUGAGAAAAACAAAUUAAACUAGAAGUAAAACAUAGAGAAAGUAUCAAAACAGGAGGUCCAUGUUUUUAUUUCCAAAAUAAGAGUUACAAUGCCAAUAAUGUCAACAUAUGAUACCAAAAAACACUAUGGAAUGCCAAUAUUUAGUGUCACAUUGUAACAUUACAAAUUCUUAUCUUGGGGUUAAAGACAUGAAACUCUUCUUUUAGUACUUUCUCUAUGUAUGACUCCUAUUUUAGCCGAUUUCUUUUCUUUCGUUCACCCUAUACUUGUCGUGUAGUUGUUGGAGUCCUUAACCGCGAUAAUUGUGCAGGCUAACAGCAAUAACACAGUUGGUUCACCACGGGAUGAUCUUCGUGCCAAUUGGCUACACAUUCGGAGCGGGCAUGUUUGAAAUGGAAAAGGUCAAGGGCGGGAGCCCUUACGGUGCGGGGACAUAUGCAGGGGAUGGGUCCCGCCUGCCGAGCGACAUCGAGCUCGAACAAGCCUUCCACCAGGGGAAAUACAUUGCUGCCAUCACAAAGAAGCUUAAAGCUGGUUCUUCAUCCUAAGCCACAACUCUCUCUCUCUCUCUCUCUCUCUCUCUCUCUGUCUCUAUAUAUAUAAAUUUACACUAUACUUUGCAGUAUUUCAAAGAAUAAGAAGCAUGCCCAUAUACCCAUACACUUUUUUCAUUUCAUAGAAGUAAAUUGUUUUGUUUUGUUUCUGAAUGGUUAUUGUAAUUUUCUUGGUGUGACAUUUGGUUUGUUGAUGACUUUUAGUGGGCUUUUAUAAAUAUGUUCUCUAUUGAAGUAGACACUUGGCCCAUCUCUUUUAUAAAUAAGUUGAAAUGUUCAUACAUGUACGGCGUACAGAAACGUGGGCCGUCAAACCAGACUAACUAAUUUU